AUGGUUUCAUACUAUUCAUUCGCCCUUUUGCUCACUUCGUGCCUUGCGGUCGUACCGGGGUACCACCAGGAUGCUCUUCCUGGGACUCCUGAUCGUCGGCCUAUUCCGGGCGAUUCGCCAAUUGUCCAGUGUGAUGUGAAGGAUAAGCAAUUGUUGGAUCUUAAGCGAGUGGUUAUCUCCCCUAACCCUCCUGAACGCGGUCAGAACUUGACUAUCACCGCUGAGGGAACCUUGGCUAAGGAUAUCGUUGAUGGUGCCUAUGUCGAUGUCGAUGUUCGCUACGGCUUCAUUAAAUUGGUAUCUGACACCUUCGAUUUGUGCAAGGAAUCUACCAAGGUUGACUUGGAAUGUCCCAUCAAAAAGGGGUCGCAAACAUUGACUAAAGAAGUUGCCAUUCCCAAUGAAGUCCCUCCUGGGAAGUAUUUAGUGGUGGCGCGGGCGUACACUAAGGACGACGAAUUUAUUACUUGCUUGACUGCUGAAGUCGAGUUCCCUCAGUACGGAGCUUACGAUGCUGAGCGUGAAGAAGCUGAAGAAAUCGAGUUUGUGAUUCAACAGCAACAAUAA